AUGCUCGCUGCUCUCGCUCUGCUCGGUCUCGCCGCCACACCCGCGCUUGCAAUAAGCAUGCAGCUCAUCCUUCCAAACCCGAACGUCUGGACGCAGAUGAGCUACACUGUCACUGUGCCCGCUACGUCGCCGGCGAAUGGGACACAGGGUCCUAUAUACUUCCUCGGUGCCCUUCAGGGUUCUGGUGGCCAUGGCAUGCUUGCGCCGACGUUGCAGUGGGACGAGAAACCUGGUAAUGGCUUUGUCAACCCUAACGUCACAUUUUCGAAGGCUUGGUACACCGCCCUUUGGAUGGAGUGUGCUGACGACGCGAGCGACUGUGAGCCUGUGACCAGCGAGGGUCUUUACGCGGACCUAGGCGUCCAGAUCCGGAGCACGGCGACGUAUGACAAUGGCUUCUGGACUCAGAAAGCCGAAGUCAUCUCUGGUGGUGGUCGGGGGGUAUCAGUCAACCAGACGAUCAGUACUGCUUUGUCCUUCGACACGCAAAACAGUAACACCAACUCUUUCCUAAUCGAGUCUUUCGUUCCUGAGUCCAGCGCCUGGAAUUUCAACGUCACAUUCACCGACAUCUCCCUCACCGCGCAGAAUAGUACCGGCGUAGCAUCCCUUUGCGGAGGCGCAACUUCGCAAUCGGACGGGAAUGGAUUUAUUACCAUUAAUGGGUUUGAGAUGUCAAGUGACGGCCUCACCUGCCACUGGGAUAGCAUGACUCUCUCUCCUCCUUGAAACGACUCGCUAUGAGAUAGUGACAUUCUCUAUAUAUAUGUACUUUACAAAUAAUAACUC